GUGCUGAUAUUAUGUAACCAGAGAAGAGGCGAAAGUUGAGGCAUCCAGAAAGGCUCUGUCUCUCCCAAUGGAGGGAACUGAAACCAUAGCGUCACCAACACGUCACAGUGACGCAACGACCCACAGCCAGGCAAGCCCGGCGUCUGCCCUCCAGCCCUGGCAAUGGUGCGAUACAGACACGCUGCCAGACCGCUCCUGAAGCAUUCCGCGAAGACACUCGUCCUUCUUCCUCCUGCUGGUGAAGACGCUGAUGUCAUCACCCGAGGCGACAGUGAACACGCAGAGAAUGUCAAUCCUUCGAGUGUGAUUACCUGAGAGUGGCGCUGCUCCUGAGAGACAUAAGGCAAGAGAGAAAGUAAAAAAAAUGCAAUGAGAUUUGUACUUAAUAUUUACAUGCAAGUAUACCUGGAGACAGACUGUGAGGUGAGGAGGAAAGUUCUGAACGGUGAGGAGUGAGAUGAGCAGGUGGCUGUUGGACACGACCACAAACCUUCGAAACCAGAGACUGAGGAAGGCUGAGAAAGACGGACUAAGUGGAAAGAUCUGGCCGCGCUGUCGCGCCUUGACGCUGAUAUAAUGAAGGAGCUUUGAGCGUGCAUGUGCGUGUUACUCAAGGCCCACCACACUCCGCUCCUUGGAAGAAAGAAAAGAGCCACUCAUAAGGACAGUGCGCCUGCUAUCACGCCCUUGGCUUCACCUCUGGGCGGGGAGAGGCUGUCAUUCCCUCGUCUCCUUGUUUCUUUGUUGUGAUGCGCUGACUUGACCAAGGAGACGUGCAUGUCUGGCGUGUGUCUGCGUCAGGAGGGCUGGAGGUUCGCCGCGCACUCACCAGAGUACACCAUUUGUCCUUAACCUUGAGGGAGUGUGUGGCUUGGUGACUUGGUGCAGGCUUCCCUAAUCUGCCCGUAGCAACAGGUGUGGUAGAAUGCCGGUGGUGCGGCAAGGGAGGCCACCUGACGGAGGAUGGGGCUGGAUGGUCAUCGCUGGCGCCUUCCUCACUCUGUUUGUCCUCGCCGUGUUCUCCCUCGGGUACUCCAUCUUGUUCUCGGAGUUCCUGAUGUCCCAUGGCGCCUCGUCCGCCACCAUUGCCUGGAUCUUCAACCUUCACGUCUUUUUGUGGAACGCGGUGGGGGUGUUCACGGGUCCCCUCACUAAAGAGAUGGGCUUCAGGAAGGUCAGCAUGAUCGCCACCUUCCUUGCCAGCAUCUCGCUCUUCUUCCUCGUCUUCGCGGACUCCAUUUGGUACCUCCUAGUGUUCUACGCGCUAGCAGGGCUGUUUGGAGGCCUGGGCGCCAAGCCGUGCUACCUGCUUCUCACCUUGUACUUUGACCGCAAGCGUGGCCGCGCCAACGCUUUCCUCAUGUCCGGGGUUUGCAGCGCGCAGUUCGUGGGUCCCCUGCUGAUCCGCUAUCUGCUGGCGGAGUACUCCCUGAAGGGCGCCACGCUCAUCAUCUCCGGCAUCGUAUUCAACAGCCUGGUGGGCACGGCACUGUACCAGCCCGUGGAGUGGCACCUCAAGAAGGACGAGGAGGAAGACUCCCUCAAGGAUGAGCUGACGGGAGACAAGGAGUUGGGCGAGGCAGACCCUGACGCGGGGGUGACGGAUGAGAUGCGGUCGAGGGAGGCGUUGAGGCGCAAAAAGUUCGGGGAGAGUUUGUCCCGCCGGCCCAGCGAGAUGUCCAUGCUGUCCCUGGCGGUGUCCAACAUCGACCUGUCCAGCAUCCCGCCCUCCAGCCGCCGCGCCUCCUUCUCCCUGGAGACCACUGACGGCGAGGACGCGGGUGGCUUCUUGACGGCGACGGCGAGGGUGGUGAGGACCGUGGUGGCUGACUUCAAGGUCCUCAAAUCCCUGCGCGCUCUUAUCAUCGUGAUGGGCGGCGUGUUCACCGUCAGCGCCUACCUCAACUUCCUCAUGAUGGCGCCCUUCGCCAUCCAGCACCUCGGCUACUCCCUCUCAGAGGCCGCCUGGUGCAUGUCCAUGGCCGCCAUCGCUAACUUCGCGGCGCGCCUCGUCACCUCCGGCCUCUCUGACCAAGCGUGGUUCAACAUCCGCUACGCCUACAUGUCCGGCGCCAUCAUCAUUAGCUUCACCACCGCCGUGUUUGGCUUCCUGCAGGACCUCACGCACAUCCAGGUGGCCAUGGCGGUGUGGGGCUGCGGGGUGGGCAUCAACAUUUCCCUCAUCGUGCUCCUCAUGCCUCACUUCAUGGGCGCUGAGAAGACGCCCGCUGUGUUUGGCGUUCAUUCUCUCUUCUUAUCAUUCUCCUUGAUAACAAUCGGGCCUAUUUUUGGACUGGUGAGGGACUGGAGUAAAAGCUACACGGUGACAAUGUUAGUCAUGGGCAUCACAGCUGGGUUGAGUGUCCUUCUGUGGUGCCUCAUGCCCGCCGCCAUCGCCCAUGACAAGAGAAUCGAGGAGGAACAGGGGAGGAAGGAGCAGGAGGAGGCGGAGAGGAAGGUGUGACGUUGCAGUUGUUAGCCUUUCCUGCAUUGAGACGAGCGUGUCCUGCCUCGCCCUCCUCGCCAUGUGUUGUACAGUACUUGUAUUGAGUGUGUGGCGAGAACUGUAAGACUGUGAGCAAAGGUGAGUGGUUGCCAGGCGAGUGUGUGUGUGUGUGUGUGUGUGUGUGUGUGUGUGUGUGUGUGUGUGUUCCUAACAGAAUAUAUCAGUGGAAUGGCAGUGCAUGUAUGUAACGUAAUGGUGUCUCGUGACCUUCUUGUGUAUAAACUGCAUUCAUUGAACUCGCUCUCUCCAGUGGAAGGAGCACCAUUGUGAUAUUAUGAACUUAUCACCGCUGAUAUUAUAAACUCUCUAUUUGGA